CCCCGCGAGCGCCGCAAAGCCCCCCCCACCCGCGCCCCGCGGCGCCCCCUGCUGGCGUCCCCUGCUGGCGCCCCCGCCCCCUUCCGCCGCGCGGGGGGGGCGCGGGGCGGGGCCUCCCGGGCCGUACCAAGCGCAGCGGGACAGGGGGUGACGCACCCUUCCCGCUACCGCGGCCCCACGGAGGUGUGUGCGUGGGGAGGGGGCGGUCCGCCGCCAGUCCGCACCCCCGGGGACCCCGCGAUGGUCGGCGCCGCCAGCCCGGCGCGCCGCGGUCGGGGCGGGGCCAGCGGGGGCGGGGAGGUGGCGCCCCCGCGGGUGGUGCGCGCCGGAGAGGUUUAAAGCGGGCGGCGGUGGGAGGCGGCGCCGGUGUUGGUGGGAGCCAGCGGCAGGGGAUGGCGUGAGCACCGGCCCCCGUUGGGCAGGAUGCGCGGGGGCUGCGCGGCGGCGGUAGUGGCCGUGGCCGUGCCCUGGCUGGCCCUGCUGGCCCUGGCUCGGCAGCCCCCCGAGAAGCCAUCGGCCACCCCGUUGCUCACCCGCCGGCCCUUCCUGGUGGCCUGGAAUGUGCCCACCCAGGACUGCAAGCCCCGUUUCCAGGUGUCCCUCGACUUCAGCCACUUCGACCUGCACGCCUCCCCCAAUGAGGGCUUCGUGGGGCAGAACCUCACAAUCUUCUACAAGGAGCGUCUGGGGCUGUACCCCUACUACACCAGCCAAGGUGUGGCCAUCAACGGCGGUGUCCCCCAAAACAGCAGCCUGUCUGACCACCUUGCCCGCCUCCAGGAGGGCAUCAGCAAGUACAUCCGCUCGCCUGCCAGGGAGGGGCUGGCAGUCAUUGACUGGGAGGAAUGGCGGCCCAUCUGGGCUCGCAACUGGAAGCCCAAGGACAUCUAUCGGGAGGUGUCUCAGCAGCUGGUGUACCAGCGGCAGCCCACCUGGUCCCGUGAGGAGGUGAACAAGCAAGCGGUGUUCGAGUUCGAGUCGGCUGCCCGGCAGUUCAUGGUGAGCACCCUGCGCAUGGCCAAGAGCUUCCGCCCCAAGCAGCUCUGGGGAUUCUACCUCUUCCCUGACUGUUACAACCAUGACUACAGCAAAAACAAGGAGAGCUACACCGGGCAGUGCCCGGAUGUGGAGAAGACGCGCAAUGACCAGCUGGCAUGGCUCUGGAGGGAGAGCACGGCCCUCUACCCCUCCAUCUACCUUGACCUGCUUCUGGCUUCCACUCCCAACAGCCGCAAGUUUGUGCGGGCACGGGUGAUGGAGGCCAUGCGCAUUUCACAGCAGCACCAUGAUGGCUACUCCCUGCCUGUCUUCGUCUAUACCCGGUCCACCUACAUCCGCAAGAUGGAUGUGCUUAGCCAGCCAGACCUGAUCUCCACCAUUGGAGAGAGCGCGGCGCUGGGUGCAGCCGGGGCCAUUUUCUGGGGUGACGCAGACUACACCAAAAACCGGGACUCAUGCCAGAUCAUCAAGAACUACCUGGAGGGGGACCUGGGCCGCUACAUUGUGAACGUCACGACGGCGGCGCAGCUCUGCAGCACGACAUUGUGCCAGGGCCGGGGCCGCUGCCUACGCCAGGACAGCACUGCUGAUGUCUUCCUCCACCUCAACUCCACCAGCUUCCAGCUGCGGCGCCGGGAUGGGGACAACCCCCAGCAACCUCUGUUCUGGGCUGAGGGACAGCUGUCCUUAGCUGACACCCUCUUCCUACGGACCCAUUUCCGCUGCCACUGCUACCAGGGCUGGCAGGGCAGCAGCUGCCAGGUGUCCGCUGGCCCCCGCAGUGGUGCCCCUGAUGCCCUGGCACCACUGGGACUUGGGGUGCUGUUGCUGUUUGUGAGCUGGUGCUAACACCCUGGCAGCCCCUUUCUGUGCCGGUGUAGGGGACCUAUUUAAGAUAUCCCUACCCUGCCUGGGAGGCAGCUUGUUUUUGGGGCCUGCCUCCCACUUGGCAGGGAGAGUGGUGUGGUUGCCCUGGGGAGGGAGGGAAGGGGGUCCUCUCCUGUUG